AUGGACGUCGUCGCCGUGGCAUCACCAAAUAUUUACUUGGACGACCUGGUGAGUUUUGGGCGCGGGAUCCUCCGCCAAGGGAUAGUUCACCAGGACGCCACGGUGAACAACUCUCUGCCCGUCGACACGUUCGAGAUCCUCCUCAUCGACAACUCUGUCGUCUAUAAGAAGGCAGGGGACAUCAGGGUGCUCGACAGGAGCCACCUGCACCUCGGGCAGGUGGUUGGGUCGGCGUCCGACAUUGCUGGCCAGAUCGGCGUCGUCACCGGCGUCACCACCCUUCUGGACCUGGCCGAGCGUGACAGCCGAGGCACGGCGACUGGGCUCAUCAGGGGUGUGUCCCCAUCCAACGUGCGGCGAGUGAGGUUCCUCAGCCUUGGUGACUUCGUCGUGUCUGGGCUGUGGCUCGGCCAGGUGGUCGAGGUGUCUGUCGAUGUCGACGUCCUUUUCGACGAUGGCGCUGUUUGCAGGGUUACCAAUGCAGACUUAAAGAUUCUACAGGAAGUGGAUGGCACCCGCAGCCUCAAAUAUCAGCGGCACCAAAUGAACUGCAACUUCUACCCAGGGCAGAGCGUCACCGGGCGAAACCGUCUUUCCCUCUUCAAAACGGCACGCUGGCUUAAUGGCUACUGGAAUCCCUGUCGCAACGUAGGCACCGUCCUCAAGGUGGAGACAUCCGGCGUUCUCGUCUACUGGAUUGCGUCGAUGCACUGUGGCAUGGACAAGGAGCUUGUUGAGGCAUCCGCUCCGCCAGCAUACCAGCACCCCGAUGAACUGACCUUCUUCUGCGCCGCGUCCAGUUGCAGCUGGGGGGUAGCUGACCAAUGCUUCUAUCGAGAACCUAGAUCGACCAAAACCGAUGAUGAUAAUCAGGACCAGGAGGAGGAGGAGGAGGAGGAAAAGGAUGACCCAUGCGCUGAAAACAAUCAGGACGUGAUUGAUGCUGACCAAGAUGCACCAAUGCCCACGCCCACAAAGCAGAAGGAUGUGAUUUUUUACGGGAAGCAGCUGAGGAAGGUCUUCUUUGAGGGGCACAGGCGGGAGCGACGCCCACAAGUCAGGAGGCAUGUGGAGGUGGAGUUUCCCAUGACUGUCGCCAGCACCAGCACCUCUGUUGACGUGCUAUGGCAGGACGGCACCCUGCAGCGUGGCAUACCUUCAGCGACCCUCGUCCCCUUUUAUAUGAUGAAUGAGCACGAGUUCUUCCCCGGACAACACGUCGUCGAAAACAAUACUGCCGGUGAUACUAAUGGAAACGACGAUGACACAACAAGACGUGUGGGCGUCGUCAGGAGCGUGGACUGCAAGGACCAGACGGUUUGCGUUUCAUGGUUCAAGGCGGGGAUGUGCCCUGACGAGGCUAGGGAGGUCGAGUGCAUUGAUACCAUGAGCGCAUAUGAUCUCAAACUGAACCACUCACCUCACUACGGAGAUAUUGUUGUCCGCCUUCUACAGUCAGACUCAACGGACGAUGGUGGUAGUGCGGCAUUAGAUGGCCAAAAGAAGAAGAAUGCGGAUGAUGCUGACCUUUCGUGGGUUGGGCAUGUUGUUGACCUUCCUGAUGGACACGUCCAAGUCAAGUGGGGUGAUGGCAGUAUGUCAAUGGUAAUGCCACACGAGGUCGUUGCCGUCACCGAGGAGAACUACAUAGAUCUACGGACUGAAAUGGGUGAUUGGGUGGAGGACGACGAUAUGGAUGAUGCACCUGAAGAGGCUGCCAACACGGACAAUAAUGAUCCGCACAAGCCAACAAACUAUUGCGGUGUUGAAAAUGAGGACCUAGCUGCGAUGACAACAAACCUUUUCGGUUUUGCAAUCCGGUCUUUCCUCCAAUUCACCAGCGACCUGGUGGCUCGUGGUAAGGGAUACCUGAUCAAUCACCAACCGCCGCCGUCAUCCUUGCUACCAAGCUCAGAGGUACCUGGUGGUGAAGCAAUGGAGAACAUCGUUGUUGAAUGUGACGAAAUGUUCAGCUUCCCACGUUUCGAUGUAUUGCAGAUCACCCCCCAGGAUCACCAUUACCUUGACGACGCAAACCAGGGCGGUAGUCGUGGGAAGAACUGGGCCAAGGUAGUGCAAAAGGAAUGGAAAAAUCUAGAGAACGACUUACCAGAAACCAUCUACACACGAGUGUUCGAAGACCGCAUGGACCUGCUCCGGGUGGUAAUGGUGGGUGCGAGCGGGACACCGUACCAUCACGGACUCUUCUUCUUUGACUUGCAGAUACCAUCCUCCUACCCGACUGAGCCACCCCAAGUGUAUUACCACUCCUACGGUCUACGCCUCAAUCCAAACCUCUACGAGUCUGGUACCGUGUGCCUCAGUCUACUAAAUACGUUCGAUGGUGAGGGCACCGAGCUCUGGUCGUCGGUGACAUCAAGCCUCCUCCAAGUUGUUGUCUCCAUCCAAGGCCUCGUCCUCAACGACCAACCAUACUACAACGAGGCCGGAUAUGAGACCCUAGUCGGCAAACCAGAGGGUCGUCGCAAUGCGCUGCCCUACAGUGAGAAUGCUUACCUUCUCAGCCUUCGGACCAUGCUCCAUGUGUUGCGCCGGCCGCCUCGGGGAUUUGAGGAAUUCGUUAAGGACCACUUCCGCCGGCAUGGAAGGUUUGUGCUCAUGACAUGUGAUGCGGCCCUGCAAGGAUGCGUCGUCGGUGAUGCCCAUGCCACCGAAGCGACUAAGGAACAGCCAUGCUCGGCCGGGUUAAAGCUUGCGCUCGCCAACAUGUUGCCUAUCCUCGUGGCAGCUUUCACAGAGAUCGGCGCCCAGGGGUGCGAAGAGUUUCAGAAGGCAUAUGCUCUCAGCACCGCUCACUAG